AUGUCAGCCAACACUUUAGAACCUAGCGCCGGUAAGCGUAUUGCACUUCCCGUACGUGUCGAACCCAAGGUGUUCUUUGCAAAUGAACGUACAUUUUUAUCCUGGUUAAAUUUCACUGUUGUUCUCGGUGGUUUGGCAAUGGGUUUGUUGAAUUUUGGUGACCGUAUUGGACGCAUGUCUGCUGUUUUAUUCACUGUCAUUGCUAUGGGUGUCAUGCUCUAUGCUUUAUAUACCUUUCAUUGGAGAGCUACCAAGAUCAGAAACAGAGAAGCCGCUCCUUAUGACGAUCGUGUUGGUCCUACUGUCUUGUGUAUCUUCUUAUUAGCUGCUGUUUGUAUCAACUUUUAUUUACGAAUGGGUAGCAAGCAUUAA